CCGAUGACGAGAGUUCAGGAUGCUUCACCUUGGGUGUUUGGGCUGGUGUUGUGUUCCACUUUGGUGCCAAAUUCUGCCGGACGUCAGAAUUUUGACCUUGAGCCUCAAAUGCAAGAGGUCAACCCGGGUGAAACCACGACCAUGAUUUGUCGGAUAGCGGAGAAAAACACGGGUUCCGAGUGCAUUUGGCAGAAAGAUGGAAAACCGGUUCGAUUACAAGAAGGCAAAUAUGAAUGGAAUGGACGAGUCAACGACGGGGAUUGCACCCUCAGGAUCAUUAAGGCUGAUAUCAAAUUUGAUGAUGGGGAUUGGCGAUGUCAAGUGACGGCAUCGUCAUACACGGCCAAUGACGCGUUAUCAUCCACUGUGGGUCGAUUGAUUGUGCGAAUCCCACCCUCUGAGCCACGCCUCUUCUACAAUGAAGCCGCUCUGGGCUUGGAUAACGAUCUUGAAAUCAAAUCAGACACCACAGGGAGUGUGCGCUGUGAAAGCCGUGGUGGAAAUCCAGCUCCAAUCUUAAAAUGGUACUUGGACGAAGAAGAGCUAAACGGCGCAUCCCAACGCAACGAAUCAGACUUGGCCAAUCUCCGACGAUGGAAUGCCGUGUCUAUUGUGGAAAUCACUUUGAAACAGGAACACAACGGAAAGUAUCUCAAAUGCGUCGCUCUCCAUGACGCUUAUUCACGGCGAUCACGAGACACCUCUGUCCGAUUGAACGUACUUUAUCCACCCCGAGUCCGGUUGGAGAAGAGCCGAGAUCUCUUUGAAUUGGAAGCUGACCAAGAUCGUGUUCAGAUUAGAUGCGUGGCAGAUGCCAAUCCCAAACCAGAUGUGGUUUGGCGCAAAGCCGGAGGAGAGUCCAUCUUUCGAGUUGGAGCAGAUCUCGUGUUUGACCCCAUUCGUCAAGGAGAUGGAGGCACUUAUUUCUGUUUAGCUCAAAAUGAUUUGGGAUCCAGUGAUGAGUUAUCAAUUACUUUUGAUGUCCUCUUCGAACCACGCAAUUUGCGGACUGUACCGCAACGAAUUGUGGAUUUGGAAGUGGACAGUUCCACGAAGUUUGAAUGCAUGGCCGAUGGAAAUCCCAAGCCCCAAUUUGAGUGGCUCCAAAAAGUUAGCUCCAAUGGGAACGAGCAGGUCUAUGCCCGAGCCAAAAGUGCCAUCAUUGACUUCAGAAAUGUGAGCUACGAACAACAGGGCGAAUGGGCAUGUGCAGCCACCAACUUAAUCAAGGAUAAGGAGAGAAGAGUGCAAAGCAACUCAAUUCAAGUGAGUGUAACUGGACCACCUCAAGUGCUGCAAAUCCAAUCUGCCUCCGAGCAAUCCUUCCGAAAAGAAUCGGAUGCCGAGAUCAUGGUUCCAUUUUGUUCUGAUCCUAAGCCUCGCAAUCUGCACUGGAUAUGGUCAACUCUCAGAGUUGAUGAAGGAGAGUCCCAAGGGCGUUUUUCGGCUAGUACGAUCAAAAAUGGAGACAAAGAAGAUUGUUAUGUUGCGUCCUUGAUCAUUUCCAAGAGCCUUCCAGGCGAUUCAAGAAAAUUUGUUAUGGUGGUCGAAAACUCUCGUGGAACGCUGGAAUUUCCAAUUCAAGUUCAGAUACGUGAACCGUUGGCCUUGAUCGCCGUCAUUGGAAUCGCUGUCGUGACCGUAUUGAUGGGCAUCGUGGUCAUUAUAACCAUUGUGUGUUGCAUCAAGCGAUGUCCGUUUGGCCAUUGCUGCGCCAAAAGGAAGAGCUCCGCCAAUUUCGCCAUUCCUCAUCGACCUCGGGUGGAACAACACUAUUACCCACCAGAGGCGGCCGGGUCCCAUUACAGCAUUGCUCAAAGGCCCUCAUCGAACACGGCUAGUUAUGACACGCCAGAUAACUAUGACCAAUAUCCCCGAUCAAUCCCACGGGUCCAACCCGAUCUUGUACCAACCACACGGAGAGAUCCAGAUUACCCUUUACCACCACAGUCUCAGUUUCCACUACGGGGUCAAUCGACCUACGCCUCAGCCAGAAAAACUCCUCAGAACACAGAUACUCACGUUAUUAUGUAUGCGGACCUCCAGUUCCCUCGGACCAGCAACUCAGGGUCUACUAGAACACGCCCUUCGCCAAACGAAGUCAUGAACAACUCAACCACUAAUCUAAACCAUAUCGACGAUGAAGAUUUGGCUCAGAUGAGUCACUACCAUUACAAUCGUGUUCGGUCGUCAGCUUUGACAGAAACUGGAAGCUUCUACCCUCAAUCUAAGGCCGACAUUUGAAUAUAUGGAUAUUUGA